GUAUUUUGGAAAAACCCUUACGGCUAGUUUCGCUCGAAGCAAACACUUUGAAACAAAACUCUUGAUAUAAAAGUUGUUCAGAAUCGACUUCCGGAGUCCCUCACGAGAGCUUUUUAUAAUAUUUUCUUUUUUUCCUUUUUAAAUUGAAAGGUACGAAAUUUUAGGAUUUUAAAAAUCAUAAAAUUUAAUAUAAAAGCCCAAAACAGAAAAUUUUAAAAAAAGCUCUCGUGAGGGACUGCAGAAUUUGAUUCUGAACAACUUUUGUACCAAAAGUUUUGCUUCAAAAUACUUGGUUCGGGCAAAACUAGCCGUAAGGUGAGGUGAAAAAAUCUUCGGUAAGCGAAAAACCAGCGAUAUUUUCAAGUUUUGAAUUUUUUCUUCAAGCCUUCCCGAUUUGUAGAGGACACUUCGAAGUGUAUGUUCGAAAGUUUUCUCGAGUUAAUGAAAUUAUCUGGCUGAGAAAAAAUUUAAUUAUUUAAAACAAUAUUGUUAAAUUUUGGACUUAUCAGACUUACCGAGCGACCAAAAAUGAAUCCUAAAAUUUUUAAGGAAGACUAUAUUGUAGCCCGUGAAAUUCUCUAUCAGAUGAGGUAUUGCUUGAAUUUUUUUGUUGUGCUGCUAUUUUACAAAUAAGACUUUAUGCUAGUAGAGUAGGCUAAAUUAACGUUAAUUAGUACUAAUUGGCCAAUAACGGGAAAGAAAAGACAAAAAUUUUUACAUAUUUGUUUCUCAGCCAAAUAACGUCAGUAAGCCGAAAAAACUUCAGGACAUAUACUUUGAAGUGUCCUCUACAAACCGGGAACGCCAGAGAAAAAAUCUAAAUGGGGGGACCCCCCUUAAUGGUGAAAUUUAACUAAAUUAUCUCAAAAUGCAUUUAUGGGGGUAAUAAUGAAAUAAAGCAUAUCGAGGUGGGGUUAUAAUUGUUAUCAAUUAUGAAUUAAAUUCAGUUAAAAUAGAUAUUCUGAUAUGUUAUGAUAUUGAAUUUCCUGAGCCAAUGAGAUGUUUAACAUUGAUGGGUGCACAAUUAAUUUUGGUAUCAACAGCAUUAGUCAAAGAUAAAGAUAAUGUAAAUGUUGAUAUAACAACGAAAGAGGUAGUAACACGUGCUAUGAAAAAUCAUGUAUGGAUUGCGUAUUCAAAUCUUUAUGGUCUGUAUUUAAAAGAAGAAUCAACACCUGAAUAUUGUGGUCUGUCUUAUAUUGUUAGUCCCGAUGGUAAAGAUCUGCGUCGUGCAAAAGACAAUAAUGACAACGAUGAAUUAAUAACAGUUGAAUCAUGUCCACAACAUUACAAAGAAAACUUACGUAGUACACCUUAUUUAGUUGAUAGACGUACAGAUCUGUUUCAAUUGAUAGCAAAUACAAAUAUGAAAUUUGUAUUGCCCGAUAAUUAUUCAUAUCAUUAG